AUGACGGGGGAAGAGUUGGCGGGUGCAGUCAGCAAAGUAACGACUGGAGAUGGCUCCGAAUUUGAUAUCGUCGAAACAUAUCACCGCUUACUAGCAGAGGAUGAGGACCUCACAAUGGCCGUCGCGGCCAUCGAGGCGCUGAUCGCGCUGCUCGGACACACCACGUCCUCGACAGUCAUGGAGACGCUCGACAUCGUCAAGGCGCAGGCCGACCGCCUCAAGCGCUCAUCCACAAACCCGAUCCCCCUGACAGCCGGCACCGAUCUGUUCCAGCAGUACCUACUCCGAUCUCUUAAGCAGUCGACCGGACCACGCAGCGGGAAGGAGCCUGCCACCGGCAGUGGCCUCGACAGUUUCGACGAGACGAGACAGCAUCUGCUGAGGAAUGGUAGGCUGUUCGCUGCACGAGCGAAGGCGGCCAGAGACGCCAUCGCCGUAAGGGGAAGCAGGUAUGUUGGUCUCGGCAGCGUCGUGCUCACCGCGGGCGGAUCACGCACGGUCAAGAAGCUUCUGCUGAAGGCAGCCGAGCGCCACAUUGAGACAAACGGAUCACCAGAUUUCAAGGUUAUCUAUGUCCUGGACGGCAGCCGAGACAGCGAGCCGGCGGUGAAGGAACUGCGGGAGCGCGGCGUGCCCGUGGCGCCUGUUGACCCGGCUGCUGUUGCGCAUGUUCUGCAGGCGGGCAGGGUUGACAUGGUCUUUGUCGGCGCCGAGGUCGUUGUGCAGAACGGCGGCGCCAUCUCUCGAAUGGGCACGUAUCAACUGGCGCAGCUCACCAAGGCCGUCAACAAGCCGCUCUAUGUAGUGGCCGAGACGCACAAGUUCGUGCGCCUGUACCCACUGGGCCAGAACGAUCUCGGCAGAUGCGGUAUCAAGCAAAAUAUUCUAGACUUCAGCACCUCGGCAGACAGUGGCGCGAAGGAGAAGCCCGCUGAGGUGUCUGAGUCGCAAAUUCCUGUCGACUAUACGCCGGCGGAUCUGAUUACUUCAAUUAUUACUGAACAUGGCGUUAAGAUGCCUAGCGCCGUAUAUGAGAUGCUGCUUGACAUAUAUACAUGA